AUGGAGGAGCGGGUCCGAAAUGAAAGUGGUGACAAUAGCGAGGAGCCUCCUCUCCACCCAAGACCCCCACCUUCCGACUAUGACUUGAAGCCAAGACGUUUUCCAUCACGCAAGAAAUCGAUCAAACACCCAUCUCCGCAAGCCAUUGAAUCGGAAACCUAUAUUAUUCAGAUUCCGAAAGAUCAAAUAUUUAGUGUUCCACCACCUGAAAAUGCUAUCAUUGCAGAACGCUACCGCCUCCCGCAAGAGAAGGAUCAGAGGUCAUGUUGCAAACGUUGGUUGUGCAUCCUUGUUACAUUGAUCUUGCUUGCUCUCAUUAUUGGCAUAAUCAUAUUGACAUGGCACAUUCUUUUUACCUCUCGAGUUCCUCUCUUCACCGUUGUGAAUGUUAUUGUCAAGAAUCCACCUUCUGCUCACAAGAAAACAAAUCCAGGGUACCAAAUCACACUCGAAACAAAGAACCCAAAUCCAAGGGUGAGCGUUUCUUAUGGUAGCAAAGGCGAUGCUACAUUAUUAUACGAGAAUCACAAGAUUGGUACAGGCAAAUUCCCGAAGUUGGAUCAAGUUUCUGGUAGUUUGAAAAACAUUGAGUUAAAUCUAACGGGCACAAAGGGAGCAUUGCCUGAUGAUGUUGAAACAAGCAUUGAAGACAUAAAGGGGAAAAAACAUGUCUCCUUAUCAAUAAAAAUGGAUGUUCCAAUCAAAAUGAAAGUUCUUGGGGGGAUUAAAUUACGGAGUAAGGAAAUCAAUGUUGUUUGUACUUUCAAAGUGAGCUCUUUGGGGGGAGGUAAGGAUGUUCUGUCUCAAAAAUGUCAGUCCAAAUUCAAUUAG